AUGCCCCCCAAAAAGGAGCCCGCUAUAAGCGCAUUCGAGCGCAAGCGCCUCGAAAAUAUCGCCAACAACAAUGCCAUCCUAAGCGGGAUAAGCACGACCGCCGACAAGAUAAUUCCAAAGCCUGCCGCCCCUAAGCAAAAGCCGAAGCGUUCGAGCGCGCCGCGAGUAAAGCGCGAGACCGUCCCGAGGGAACUUCCAGCACGCGCCACCCGGCAAAGCAGCAGGCUGGCCGGGCUUGACGCAGACUCGACGGUGCUCAAGCGCAAGGCAGAAGUGGAGGCAGAGGUGGAAAGCGAGAAGGCUAGGGCGAAGAGGCUGCGCGUCAGCGGUGACUUGAAACUCGGCGAUAUCAAGGUCGAGGGUCGCAAAUGGGAGGCCGGCGUGGACGUCAUGGCUGCGCUCAAGGGCCUGGGCGUGCGAGGCGCGCAGCCCGGUGUCAGGACAUUUACAGACGAAGACGUGGAGGAGACUGCCGACAAAAAAUUGAAGGACCUGAGACUGCGCAUGAGCGGUCUCAAACUGUACGAGAAAUGGGCUGUUAAUGACAUCAAGGUUGUACCGCAACGCGUCUACUCCAUGGGCUUCCAUCCGACGGAGGACAAGCCGAUCAUAUUCGCCGGCGACAAGGAGGGCGCGAUGGGCGUGUUUGAUGCAUCGCAAGCAGUCCCCAAGAUCGAGGACGACGAAGACGAGGAAGCAGAGUAUCCCGAUCCGGUAAUAUCUGCCUUCAAGACACAUUCGCGCACCAUCACGUCGUUCCACUUCUCGUCAGCAGAUGCAAAUGCCGUGUAUUCGGCCUCUUACGAUUCAUCAAUUCGCAAGCUUGACUUGGACAAGGGCAUCUCUACCGAGGUGUUCGCUCCUGCUGAUAAGAACGAGGACUUGCCGAUCAGCGCCAUAGAUAUGCCGGCAACGGACCCGAAUGUCAUCAUUUUCUCCACGCUCCAGGGCUCCCUUGGACGUCACGACAUGCGCACAAAGGUGGUGGAUGCGGAAAUCUGGGGACUGACAGACCAAAAGAUUGGUGGCUUCUCCUUGCACCCGCUGCACUCGCACCUUGUCGCCACGGCAUCGCUUGACAGGACGCUAAAGAUCUGGGACUUGCGGAAAGUUAGCGGCAAAGGUGAUCUGCGGCACCCAGCACUGCUUGGCGAGCACGAGUCCCGGCUGUCCGUGUCGCACGCCAGCUGGAGCAGCGGCGGGCACGUUGCGACGUCAAGCUAUGACGACAGGAUCAAAAUCUACUCGUUCCCGGAUGCCGGAUCUUGGAGUGCGGGCCAGAACCUGUCAGAUAGGCAGAUGGCGCCGGCCCACCAGAUACAUCACAAUAACCAGACGGGCCGUUGGGUCACUAUCCUCAAGCCGCAGUGGCAGCAGAGCCCGCGCGACGGGCUGCACAAGUUUGUCAUUGGAAACAUGAACCGUUUCGUGGAUGUAUUCGCAGCCAACGGCGAGCAGCUUGCGCAGUUAGACGGUGACGGUAUUACGGCUGUGCCAGCUGUUGCCCAUUUCCAUCCUACGAUGGAUUGGGUGACUGGUGGCACAGCCAGCGGCAAGCUGUGUCUGUGGAUGUAA